AAGUGUAAUAAUGUAGCCCGCGAUAGGCAACCCUAUGUCGUCACCGCAUUCCGUGCAAGUUGAUGCCGCGCACCGGUCGUCUCGCUCGACCACGCUGCGUGCUGUACUCAAAACAAAAUAGUAAAAACUUUCGACGCAAUCCUUCUUUAAAUAAUAUCAGAAAUAUCCAAAUUAUUUUAAAUUUUGACUACGUUUGUGUGCUAAGAUCCAAAAUGUGAAAUAGUGGAAUUAUACGUUUUUAUCACAUGUUUACAAUUAAACCUCACAUAUUGUUCAAAUGAAGUGACUCAGAGUUGGAAUAAGGUGUUUUCUAUAGCAGUGAUUGGAAUUUAUGCAACGACUGGAAUGCGUACAGUUCAGCUUCGUUGAAAGCGAGUUUUAAAAUAGAAGCAAUCAAACGAAGGAAUAGACUUGAUUCCACCAAUUGGUAAUGGUGGACCCCGGUUGAAUAAAAUAUAAUGAGACUGUUGUAAAGGAUUUCUAGAUAAAAACAAUGAAGACUGUCGGAAGCAGAAAAAAUAUCAAAACAUUGGUCGGAAUAAUUUUAUUAGUCUCGACCAUGUUUGGAGGAACAGAGGCUCAAGAAACAUCCGGUCCGAUUAUUAAUACAAUGGAAAGUGAAAUAAUUCUACAAAGAGGUCAAAACUUCACAUUAUCAUGCAAAGGACACAGACCAGUAGAAUUCACACAACAAAUUUUAGGAGAAGAUGGUUUCGGUACUUCGUUUCAGAAGAUAUCCCGGAAUAUGACAGGAAAAAAUUCUGACUCGAAGUAUAUGUACCAAACUGAACUAGAUCUGAUCGACGUAGACCAAUAUGCCGUUGGUUAUUAUGCUUGUUUUGAUAAUACAAUAAAUAGUAGCGAAAUAUUAAACGAUAUUAUGGAAGAACCCAAUAACACCGAACAUGUCUCUUAUAUUUACAUAUAUGUUAACGGCACGGACAACCUAUUUGUGCCAAUGGGAGAAUGGGUCAUACCUAGAAGCAGAUCGAAAGUUGUAAUUGGAUGUAGACCCACUACUCCUGAUGUACAAAUUAAUUUGCUAGUGCGGAGUAACGAGAGAGCAGAAUAUUUAAAGUUCUUACCCAAGAUUGGGUUCAUAGUGAAAGCGUGUAGGCCUCCUUACCAAUGCCAUGGACUUCGUGGAAACGAACAGUAUCAGAAAAAUAUACGUUGUGCAAAAGUAACUGUGCCCAAGCCGAAAGUCACGGCAGAUACAAAAUACUUUUUGGAAGGCGAAAAGUUUUCUCUCCAGUGCAAUGUAAACUAUCAAAAGAAUCAACCAGUAGAUUUAAAAUGGAGUUAUCCUUCCCCUCUUACAUCUAUAAAGGCUAUAACUUCUAACAAUGAGCUUGAGGUGGAAACAAAUGGGCCACAUUAUAACAACGUUACUAUAAUAAAUGCGACAAAAGAUGAUGCCGGUGACUACGUGUGUAUUGCAGAAAUUGGACCCGAUUAUGAGAACAGGAAAUUUCGAAUGAUACAUGUGGAUAAGCCAUUUAUAAAUUUGAGGCCACCACCUAGUGUAAGGUUCGACGGAGACGGAACCAUUACAGCAAGGAACUACAGUAACAUGAGACUUGUAAUAAAUAUUGACGCUCAUCCAAAGCCAAAAACGACUUUCUUGCGAAACGGAAAUGUCAUAACCAUAGGUCCACCAAAGUAUGCCGUUAAUAACAAUGCUAUGGGAGACAUUGUGUUGACCAUCAAAAACUUGACUGUAAGAGACUCCGCAAAUUAUACUUUAGUUGCUGAUAAUGGUGCUGUGAGAAAAACAUUUACGUAUGAUUUACGAGUAAAUGCUCCUCCAGAAGUGCAUUUAAAAUCAAAUAAAAUUAUUAGAAGGGACAUUAACCAGACGAUUACAUUAAAUUGUACCGCUACUGGAUAUCCACUUCCAAAUAUUCGAUGGCUGUUCAAUGCGACCGGAUUUGAACUAGAGGAGGUUCCUGAAUUUGAACGUACUGUUCUAUCAGUUUACGAAGUACAAUCCUCAAUAGUUCUACCGGUGCAGAUGUCAGGGGAAAUCAUAUGUAUCGGUGAAAAUUCUGCAAUUUCUAGCGAUAAGAGUCAACUCUAUGUCUACGAAAUCAAAAGUGGUUUUGGUAUAAAAGAUACUCCGAAUUGGUAUCCAGAAAAUGAUAAUGUUACCUUAAAAUGUUUGGCCUCUAAAUAUGACUACGAAAAUGUAACUUGGCUAAGUGGUAAUGGAUAUAGUAACGACAUUGUGAAAUAUUUUGAGAGUCCAUUUUCUCACGUGGCCGUUUUAAAAAUACUUCGCAUUCCACAAGGCAAGGCAGGGAAUUAUACUUGCGUGGCAGUCAGGAAUGACGGUGAAAAUGAAAGCCGAACAAUUUAUAUACAAGUUGAAGUAAAUAGAAACCCCAUUAUCACGGAGCCAGUGGAUGAAAAUUUGGAGGUAUCUGUAUACCAGCACGUACAGUUUAGUUGUGAAGCGGAUGCCGUACCUCCGCCUAACAUUAAAUGGUACAAGGAUGGAACUGAAGUUAUAAACGGCACUGAUGGAUUGGAGAUCAAAGAGAGUUCAGAUCAUACUGUGUUGAAUUCUACGAUUAUAAUCAAAGAUAUGAAAGAAGAGAAUAAAGGCAAAUAUGAAUGCGUAGCUAACAACUCGUUGAGUUCCGAAAGUAAAUUUGUAAAUGUUGUUGUACCAGGAAAACCAAACAUUGCGACGUAUUUAGGAAUUUUCGGUGUAAUUUUUUUCACUCUAUUGGUAAUAGUAAUAUACUUGACAUGGAAAGUGAAGAAAGAGAAACAGUUAAGAAAAGAACUGGCGAAGGCUGGGCUACUUUAUUUCAAAGAAGGAGUGCCACAAUCACUCAACCCGGAAUUGAACAUCGACGAGCAAGCAGAACUGCUGCCAUACGACGAGAGGUUCGAAUUUCCAGCUGAAAAACUUUUUUUAGGCAAGCAGCUGGGCGCUGGUGCGUUCGGCGUGGUGUACAAGGCAGAAGCCCGUGGCAUCAUCAACGCUGAGGAGACAACUACGGUUGCUGUUAAGACGGUGAAGAAGACUGCCGACAACAUGUACAUCAAGGCCCUUGCUUCGGAGCUCAAGAUCAUGGUGCAUUUGGGCAAACAUGUUAAUAUUGUUAAUUUAUUGGGAGCUUGCACUAAGAAUAUCGGCAAACGAGAAUUGAUGGUGAUCGUGGAGUACUGUCGUUUCGGGAACAUCCACAACUAUUUGAUAAAGCAUCGAGAGGUAUUCAUCAACCAGCUCACAACGGACAGCAAAGAAAAGAGCUUUGGUCGCGUCAACAGAGGGUACUCCUGCAGCAGCGCCGGCAGCGGAAUGCAUUCUGAUUACGGCGGGUCUAACCAUACGCAAGCAACAGAUCAUACUUUUUUGAAUACAGCCAAUUCUACAAGAAAAGAUAAACCGAACCAACAAGUGGAAUUGACCCAAGUGUCGGAAGGCUACGUGCAGCCGGAAUGGCGAACUAACUACGAGAGUGACUACCAGAGCGCGGCGCCCAGGCCGCUGUUCUCUCGGGACCUGCUGGCCUGGGCCUUCCAGAUCGCCAGGGGGAUGGAGUAUCUGGCCAGUAGAAAGGUUCUACAUGGUGACUUGGCAGCACGAAACAUAGUAUUGGCGGACGACAACAUAGUGAAAAUUUGUGACUUCGGUCUAGCUAGAAGUAUUUACAAAAACGAUGAAUAUAAGAAGAAGAGCGACAGCCUGUUACCAGUAAAGUGGCUUGCGAUAGAGUGUCUCAACGACCGAAUAUUCUCGACGCAGUCCGACGUCUGGUCCUUCGGAAUCGUACUCUGGGAGUUGUUCAGUCUCGCCAAGACACCGUACCCCAGCAUUCCUUCCCCACAGGAUUUACUGCCAUUUCUCAACAGCGGGCGUCGCUUAGAGAAACCCCAAUACGCUGACGACCGGUUGUAUAGCGUAAUGUUACAGUGCUGGGAACACAAACCGACCAUGAGGCCGAACUUCACGCAACUCCAGGAAACCCUGGGUUCAUUCCUCGAGGACAACGUGCGAAAUCAUUACGUUGAUUUGAAUUCCACCUACAUGGAUCUAAAUGCGAAAAAUGCCGGACAAGAGGACUAUUUAGCAAUGAUGAAUGCACCAGACUACCUGAAUCAAGUGACGCCAAGCCCACAUCACUAUCAAAAUGGCCCCAACGAGAUUGGACAAAGCUUUUUCCCGCCAUCGCCAGGGACACUGCCGCAGGAUCCGGAUGGUUACUUGCAAAUGACGCCAGUGAACAAAUCUUUUUCUCCAAUGUCACCUACAAAUAAAUUUGAUUUCGACGCUCGGAAAAUAAAUAGGAACUCUCCGGAAUCUAAUAGUUAUGGUUCAGAGCUGACGCCAAUGCUGACUUUGAACAACUUGCCGGCGCGGAGUGGGUCGGAAUCAGAUAUGGACGGGGGCCAUUCUCCAUACCUGACCAUGUGUCCUCGAAUCGAGGAAGAAGCUGACGAAGUAUUCGAUAUCAAUACGAAUAACGCCAAAAACAUACACAAUCACAACGGAGCAGUGACGAACCCGACGUAUAUUACAUUCGGCGUGGAUAGCGAAAAGAAAUCUCAGAACACGUACAUCAAUGUACCAAAUGGUCUAGUCAAAUAAGUUUUGUACUCACAUUUAUGCGUAUUGUUUAAAUAGAAUGUAUACAAUGAUUUAGAUCUCUCGUAGUGAUACACAUUUCUUAUAUAAGUACAAAGUGUGAAAAAAAUUGUACCUUAUUUUUAUCAUUCGGAGUUACCUUCACAGUACUCUUCGCUCCAAGUUUUUUUAUAAAUUUUCUUAUGUCCUCUUUCUACUUUACUUAUUAUGUGGUUUAGAAUAUUUUUUUCUUUUUUAAAAUAACACUGCUUUUACAUUAAACUACGUCUUAUAAAUAAAAAACACAAUGAAUAAGUAGGUACAUGUGUACAAAUGGUGUGAAGAUAUUAUUAUGUUAUUUUUCUGAACUUAUAAGUUUGUUGAGUUAUAUGAUUGCUAUAUUACAAAUCUAUAUAGAUGUUUUUAAUUCAUUAGCCUAAAAUUUUAGAAUGGUUAUUGUACAGAUAUAUAGUUGUAACACUGUAAAUGGAUGGUGAUGUGAUAUUUUGAUAUAGAUUCGUUGGAAAUGGGCUCGUUUUAUUAAAUCUUGAAUGAACUUAUGUGUGUAAGUUUUUUAUAUUAUAAAGUUGUAUGUUGUGUUAUAGCAUCAGAUACAAUAUAUUUAGGUAAAGAAUACAAUUAAAAAAAAUUCUAGUGAAAAAGAAAGAGAAAUGAAAUAUGUAGAAUAACAGAGCUACAUCCAUAGAACGCAUUUUGCUUAAAUAAUAACGUACGAAGGCAUAAAUUAAGGAAGUGCCUAUGUAAGGAUAACCUUAGGUUAGGUUUCGCUUUCAUGGGAAUAAUCCCAUGAAAGCGAAACCUAACGAAUUAGAUGAAUAAGUCUAUUGAGAAUGCCAGUAAUUUAUAUAUGCUAAAGAUCGUAUGAACUGUAUUUUUUUUAGUUACAGAUAGAAGUAGCUAUAUCAAUAUAAGUAUUUGUUUUAUUUGAAAUUAGUUACUUUUGUAUCGCUCUUAUGAACUUUACAGAUAAAUGAAUUAAACGUAUUUAUGAUUUCAUUGUCAAGGUUUUGUAAGCAUCUUGUAAGUACCUAUUAGGAAUCUAUGAGCUUCCGUUUAUAGCUACUUUUUAAAUUUUGAUUUCUUGAAUACCUAUAACGUGUAUUAUGAAUAAUACCUAUUAGGUUUAAAGAAAAACAGUAUUUUUUUUUCAAUUUAAAAGACCUAAACCGAAGGCAUUUCAUUGUACAUUUCUUUUAGAUUAAUAAUGAAGUAACCCAUCGAUCGGUACAUAAGUUUAAAUGUGCAAAUAUUAAGUGUGUUAGUUAUUUUUUUAAGGUUUGUUGGAUGGUUGCUGCGUCUAGUCUCUUUAAUAAAAGUUAACAACAUUUAGAUGCAAAGUAAUAUUCAACAUCAUUUGAUUAAGUUUAUAUUUACUAUUUGGUCACUCUUUAAUUAUAUUGCAUUUAUUAUAUAAAAUAAAAUUUUAUAUUAGUAUUAUUUUGCUUAAAGUGGUUAUAAUAUUUUUGUAAACCUAUUCGUAAAAUAUUUAAAAUAGUUACAUUUUUUUUAUAAAACCAUUAAUAAAUAUGUAUGUUUUAGUAUGCAUGUAAUAGAUUUCAUAUUAAGUUUCCUAUAGAGUGUAUAUAUUUUAAUUUUUAACAUCAGUUCACUUUUACAGAGGAGGCUUGAAUUCAGAUUUGAACCACUUUGGAUAAGAUUAUGUUAUAAUUCAUAAAAAUAGUCGAUAUUGUUUAUGGAAUAUUAAUGAUGCCAUACUAUAAAAUAAAACAGCGUUACAAUUAAA